UUCCGCCCAAAAAAACAACCGCGUGGGGGAGGCUAGGUGUGUUCAAUUGCCAGCCAGAUUAACAUCUAGCCUGAUAAACUUGCAAAUCCAGUAUUCGUAAAGGUCUCUGUUCAAGACUAGCGCUUAUAUAUCCGCUAUCUGUCGCAAAUGGCUGUGGAUACGAGCCUACGUUUUCUUCUAAGUCUAUGUUUAAUCUAUAUUCAUGAAGCAGUGGGUCACUCUGAAGGAAAGCUUUCUUUUUUGGCCGUUGGAGACACCGGUGGUAUACCUUUUUCUCCGUUCUUCACGCCAACCGAACGCCGUGUCGCCACUGUGAUGGGAAAGGUAGCAGAAGAGGUCGACGCUCGCUUCGUUCUCGGUCUAGGCGAUAAUUUCUACUUCUCUGGCGUUCGCAAUGCGCGCGAUCCCAGAUUCCGUCUCAGCUUUGAAGACGUCUUCUCUGCACCCGCGUUACACCGUGCCACGUGGUGCAUGAUCGCUGGUAACCAUGACUACCAAGGAAAUGUGUCUGCCCAGAUCGCUUAUACACAGAAGUCAAGACGCUGGUACUUUCCGAAUUUUUAUUACACAUUUGUGGGGACAAUUCCUAAGAGCAGAAGUACCGUCCAGGUUGUCAUGAUCGAUACAAUGCUACUUUGCUUCAAAAAGACACCAAAGUCAUCAAGCCAUUGGAAAUGGAUAAAACGCACAUUAAAAAAAUCCUCGGCGAAUUAUUUGAUUGUAGCAGGGCACCAUCCGGUGUUUUCCGUCGGUCCCCAUGGUAGCACAAAAUGCUUGAGAUCGAGGCUGGCGCCUCUCUUGCGCAAGUAUAAAGUCUCGGCGUACCUUAGCGGCCACGACCACAAUCUACAGCACAUCAAGGCGACUGAUUCCACCGUGCAUUACUUUGUCUCUGGAAAUGGCAAUUUCUGCAGCUCACGGAAAACACACGUUCAAACUCUCCCAAGAAACUCCCUCAAGUCGUUUUAUGGGUCGAGUGGAGGCUUCACCCUUUUUGAAGCUGCGACCUCAGCGAUAACUGUCACUCAAGUAACAGACCGCGGCGAAAGAAUACACACCGCUCACCUCCAGCCUCGAUCUACAAGAACCCCUGUGUCCUAACAAACGAGAGGAGAAUGGAGAUAAGCAUCGCCUUCAGUCCCCAUAUACUCUGAGUCCCUGUGACAUUUUAUAUAGAGAGGAGAAUGGAAACAAGUAAAGGACAAAUCAGAGUUCAGCUUUAACCUCGAUCUAUUUGGAUCCCUGUGCUUUAAAAUAGAAAGAAUUUGGGACAUAUAUUUUCCAUGAAUUAUUGUUCGCUUUUACCUCGAUCAACAGGGAUAACUGUGUCUUUAUAAAAGUGAUAACAAGUAUUUGUAUGUAUGUGUAGCCGUGCUGGACAGCAAUCUACUGUGUUUACUGUAUAUAACGAGAUAAAUAUUAGGCAGCAUCUGUGGAACAUUUUUUAUUAAGAUUUUCCUUUUACAACAAAUACACUUUGUAAUAUUAAGAUUUUAGUUUCCUUUUACAACAAAUACAUGUCUUAAUAAUAAA